AUGUACUGGAUCGUAUCGGAUCGUAUCGGAUCGAUCUUGCCCCGUCCAGUAUUACACAAUAACGCGGUUCAGUUCAAUUUCUCUGCCUUUCAUACCCUUGGCGGCCAUUUGCAAACAAGGCUUAAACGUUGUGGGAAUCCUUUGCCAUCCAUCAUGACUUCGUCGGCGCAAAAACCUAAAUCUGAGAUGACGCCAGAAGAGCUGGCCAAAGUGGAAGAGGAAUUAUUUAAUACCGGCCCUUUAUCCAUUCUAACACAAGCUGUAAAAAAUAGCGACCAAGUAUUGAUUAAUUGCCGUAACAACAGGAAGAUUUUAGCGCGUGUCAAAGCUUUCGAUAGGCAUUGCAACAUGGUAUUAGAAAAUGUCAAAGAGAUGUGGACAGAAACGCCAAGGACAGGGAAAGGAAGGAAAGCUAAACCUGUCAAUAAAGAUCGUUAUAUUUCUAAAAUGUUCUUACGUGGAGACUCUGUUAUACUAGUAUUAAAGAAUCCGCUAACUGCUGCUGAAGUCCCUGAUAAAUAA